AUGAGUUUGUUUUUAUUCCCUUCAGGGUCAAAUAAUGACUUUAAGCAAGAACGUCUUGCAGAAUCCAAGUCUAUACUUUUAAAACCAGUAAGGGAAAUAUUUGAUGCCUGUUACAAUUUGCUUGGAAAUCAAAAGAAAAUGAAAUUAGUUUGUUUGCUACGAUGUUUAUUAGAAAUGCCUAUUACACCAGAUUAUGCAGCUGUUGUUGGCUGGUUUGCAAUUAAUAAUCUCAUUCCUUCACCAACAUUAUAUUUAUAUUUUAAUUUAUUACUUGAAAAGAAAGACACGUACUACGGUGAGCAAUGUUGCAUUGCAAUGGCACAGGAAAUACUUCUAUAUGGCUAUAAAUUUCCUUCAUUUUUAGAAUCCGUCGCUACAACUCCAGGUUUUCUCUAUAGAAGACCAGAUUUAUUCAUUGCUAUUAACCAAGUUCUCGAAACAUCCGUUCCUGUUGACUCAUACGUUUCACGAAAUCAUUUUGCGAUUCCAACUCCUCCAAGACCAUUCCAAAUCCCAGCAAAACCACAUUUCAAUCUUUUACCUAUCUCCAAGAGUCCACACGAGCCUCCAAUGAAGGCAACUCUCGAAGAAGUCGUUCAACAAGCUUAUUUAAUGCAAGAAGAGCAUCGCAGGCACUAUUUAAUAUCAUACGUUUUAAAUUCACCAAUACCAGAUAUUUUACGUGAGGCUCCGAAAGUUCUUCUCGAAGCCAUUUGCGUUUAUGCAAAACAUCUCAUUUCCAACGCAAUUACAGAUGGCAAAGGCGUUCUCAGAUGGGAAAGGUGUAGUUACCAUCUUCAGCUCCAUCAAAUCGGUAUUUGGAUUGGUUUACUUUCGAUAUCUCGCGGACCUCCGCCUCCUCUUUAUUAUUUAGACAUGCACAAGCUAUUGAAAGAAUCUAUACGUCUCGGGUGUUUCCAAGAAGCCGUUAUUUUGCUUACAGGUUACUAUUCUCGAGCGAGUUCGAUUUAUCAACUUCCGAAUCCAUAUACAGCCGGCCUUUUGGAGAUCAUGGCCGCAGUUGUCAAUUUCCCAGGUGUAAGACAUGACAUACACCAGGCUGUUGAUAACUUUGCAUCAAUGUUAAAUACGAAUAUACAAUUUUUUUAUAACAGACCAGUCGACAUCGACCCAACAUCAUUCGAUAUGCAUGCUGUAUUCCAAGUAGAUCCAGACACACACGAAACUUUCCUCGCUCCAAGGACAAAUUCUUCGAUUUUAUCAGAAAACCCUAACGACAUCUAUAACUUCUUUAACUACGUUCCCAAUGUCUCAAACUUUCCUCGUCAAUACGCACAAAUGUUUGAAAUGGCAAAUUUUGUCAGAAAAUAUUAUUUUAUUGGGGAAGGCCACUCAAUACAGACACCAAAACUGGGUAUAGCGCCUGCACGAUUAAUCAACAUGAUAUUUUCUCUAUCAAUGGCCUCCAAUCCCGUACUUUCUAAAUCCGCCGCAAAAAUCUUACGACAGAUCCUUAUUGACUAUCCCGCGAUCAUCGAUGCCAACAGAUUACGUUAUGCCUUCCCCAACCACACUACAAUUUCCACUCUUUUGGAAGCAAAUAAAUUAGAUUUGACAUCUCUCAACAAUAUUCUAUCUGAUAUCCUCGCCAGUCGAGAUUUAGGUCCUUCCGCCAUAUCCCUUAUCCACCGGACCAUGCCAUUGAUCUUCAAAGCCCACAGAAAGCAUCCAGAAAUUAAUUUCACUUCACUUUACAUGUUAACGGGCAUGCAACCACCAAUGGACGAUCCUAGGCUUCCUACACCCGACCACGCGUUCAUUCCUCUUCUCCGAUACUUUGUUCAGUUUUGCAGAUCUGGAGAUGAAAUCUCUAAACAAGAAUUCAUUUCCAAAUUCGUUCCCGGUUCUUCUGCGCAAGUCACUGCCCUUAUACAACUUGUUUUGGCCAGUGUCGACGAAGACAGCAAGGAUUAUUCCGCAAUAGACUGUUACGCGUCUGUUGUUCCUUUUUUGCCUCAAAAAGUUCUGACAGAGUCACUUUUGCCAGGCUUAUUCAAAGCUUGUGAACUGAUGAACCCACAUGCUGUUAUCACACACCAAGGCGCUAUCUUCAGAGUUGCCUGGGAGACGUUUUCCGCUUUGGAAGAUUUGCAUCCACAAAGAUUAAUUUCCUUCUUCAUGCAUUACGGGCCGGGAAGCAUGCCAGGGUUCGCAGCUUCAUGGAUGCAAUUGGUAAUACACCCACACGUAUUCCCUGUCUUAAUUGAUAGUGCUGAUCCAACUUCACUUCACUUUUGUUUACGAUAUUUGGUCUGUAUAUUGAAAUUGGCGGUUAACAUGCCCGAGUCAUUCUACAGGCCCGUAGUUUGUAUAUUUACAACGUUAUGUGAUGAAUUUCCAAGUUUUGUUAUUUCAUAUCAUUGUUUACUUUUAGAACACAUUCCUCCGAGAGCUGUUCAACUGAGGAACAUAAUAUUGAACACUUCUUUGAACCAGAGCUCUUUGGCGCCUCCGCCAAUCGGAAUAACAUUUGGUUCUUCACAGGAAAUGAAAGCUCUCAAACAAAAAAUUGAACCAUUUGUUUUGGACAGAGUCUCUCAAAAUAUUGAUGAAAAUGUCUCUGAAAUUUGUGAUCUCGUAAAAGUGAUUUCACAAACGGAUUCAAGUGUCGUAUGGCGCAUUGUUUAUUUCUGCAUCGCGUAUUGGUUGUCUAAACACGACGCAUUUAAUAAUCAGGCACAAAUUUUGGAAGUUUUCAUCGGUUUUGUCAGAAUUUCGCCAAUUUUCUUCUCAAUUAUUAUGGAUCAUGUCAGAUAUCGAAAUUCACACACAACUUUCUGUCAGAAUGUUUUAGUUUCGAUUUUCAGUCGUUUGGGAGAUAAUUUGAAAGAACAGAUGAUUCUUGAAUUGAUAAGAAGACAUCUUUGCGUCACAAAGCCUCCUGAAUCACUUCACGAAGUGUUUGAACACCUGUGGAAGAAUGAGCAGGAACAGGUUCUUCAAAUAGGAAUGAAAUCAAUGAAAAAGGAAGAAUUUUUAGAAAUUGUAAGAAUAAUUAUUGGUCCAACAGUUUAA